AUGACCCAAAGCGAUCUCGACCAGCUGCUCGACAUGGGCUUUGAAAAAGCUCGGGCUGAGCUUGCAGUGAAGAAAACCGGAAACUUGAACGGCGCUCUCGAGUGGCUUGAGGCCAACCAGGACAAGCCUCUUGAUGAGCUCACUGCUGCAGCCAACAGCGCGGCUCAGGACGAUGAAGAUGACGAGAAUGAAGUCCAAGCCAAUAUUGAUGCCCUUGAGAGUGGUGUUGCCAAGUCACUGGUCUGCAAUGAGUGCGGCAAGCGUUUCAAGUCCCAGGACACCGCUUCUUACCACGCUACCAAGACUGAACACACUGAUUUCUCAGAAUCAACGGAGGAGAUCGCUCCUUUGACUGACGAACAAAAGAAAGCGAAGCUGGCAGAGCUUCGCGAACAACUUAAGGAGAAGAAGGCGAAACAGGCUGUUCAGGACAAAGAGGACGCGAAGCGCAACGAGCAGAUCCGCAUGAAAGCUACCAAAGAAAGCCAGGAGAUGAAAGAAGAGUUGCAACGCAAGGAGCAGAUCAAGGAGGCUGCGAAGAAACGCCAAGAGAAACUCGACGACAUGGAGGCAAAACGCCGCAUCAAGGCCAAAAUUGAGGCGGAUAAGGAAGAGCGUCGCCGUAAGGCGGAGGAGGCUAAGGCUGCAAGAGAAGGCAGAGCUCCCGCGCCGGGUCCUGUUGCAGCGCCCUCCAUCCCGAAAACCACGGCAAACCACAAUGAAGCACGGCUAAGACUACAGACCUCGGGCGGCAAUGUCAUGAAGACACUCCCCGCAGAGACUACGCUAUUCGAGGUUGCUCAGAUGCUGCAGUCAGAGAAUGGCCUAGAGGUCACCAGCUUCUCGACCACAUUCCCCAAGAAGACAUUCCAGGGCCACAUGGAUUUCAGCAAGACUCUGAAGGAGGCGGGUCUGACACCAAGUGCCGUUCUCAUAGUCAAAUAG